UCGCUCUCCCUCUUCUUGUUGCUCUUUGACUCCGUCAAAGUUCAGAGUUCCCAUCGAGGUCGUGUUGACGUGCUAUGCUACUCCCCCUCCUCGCCCCACUGACAAAUCUUUCGAUUUUGGCUAUCCUUCCACGAGCGAUGUGAUGGCCUUCCUGCGCUUGUUCAUGCGGCGGCAGUUGCCCAUGGCCGCGUCCGAGUUGUCCCGUGUCGUCGCGGGGCUGCCGCGGCCUCCUGGCGGCGUGCUGCCGGGCACGGCGCGGCGGCAGCUCACGGAGAAGGGGCCGUGGGGGAAGAGCCGGCCACCGGAACAACUACCGCAGCAGCAGUACCCGCUCACAGACCUCGACAAGGCGGACGCUCUGAUGCUAAGGAAGUCUCACGAAACAGGUUUCCUCUCAUGGUUUCGUAAUGGUCUGCUGGCGACCGGAAUCGGCGUCAUUGCCUUCGUGCAGAGUGAAGUCGGACGAGAGGCGGCAUACGCCUUCUUCAUCCUGGGUGGCGCCUGCGUGUCCUUCGGCGGCGCCUCCUAUGUCGGCAGCCUCGUGGCGCUGCGGAGGCUGAUGCUGCUGUCCGUGCCCGUCCUGCUCAUCCACGGGGCCGUGGUGGGCAGCGUGGCUCUCUUCUGGUUGUGUGCCGUAUCCCUCUACAUCGGCCGCCUAGAGGUGGAGAUUAUCCACGAGGAUGACGAGGAGGGAGAAGAGUGCCAGGAGUGCCGCGAUAGGCGCGAGCACAGAGGCUAUCGAGGCCCCCCCCACGACAGGAGGAACCACGACACCGAGGACAGCAAGGGGCCUGACAAGUAGAUGUCUUCCUGUGUGUGUGUGUGUGUGUGUGUGUGUGUGUGUGUGUGUGCGUAUGUGCACGCACGUGUGUACGUCUACAUGCUUCAGUGCAGACGGUGUGUAUCAUUAGACCCUAAGUGUGGGUGUUAAAUGGGCCAAAGCCAAACUAUGAACUUAAAUUACAUGGUCUCUUAUAUACCGGUUAUCUCACAGAUCAUCUUGUACACUUUCAGACCACAACAUUAGGUACACCUGUACAAAUAAAAUCUCUUUUUUUUGUGGAGGGCUGAAAUACUGUACUAGAAACACUUUGGGAUAAGGUACAGUUUGACAUCACUAAAUUCAAAAUAAAACAGUUAAAUUAUCAUCCAUGAUGGUGUCAAGAUAACUAGCAUGCACAGUGGGUAUUUAAAUUCUACACACCUAUUUAAAUGGCAGGUUUUUGUGGUGUUAAAAAAAAAAAAACAAGAGACCAAGAUCAAGGAUUCUAAAAAUACAACUCUGAAAGAAAAAACAAAAAAUGAAAUAAUUUUGAGAGGGGAAGUAAAAACAACUGAAAUGUGUUCGCACACCCUUUUAUAACUCUGAUUGUGUUUAGAAUUAACCGAUAACGUUUAAACAUGUUAAACGUGGAGUGAGCGCACACCAGCACUAUCUUUUAAAGUGCCUCUGAUAAAUAGAAAAAUAGGCCUUUCCAGACUUUUUUUUUUUUGCUUUCUAACAGAAGCUUGAAGGUUUAGUGGUAACACUGACUGCUGUUUGGAACUGUUCCUAAUUCCUGUCUCAGUUCCAGCUGAAGAAAACCAUCAUUGUUUGUAUGGCGUUCUUUUGGUGAUGAGCAGUGUUGUGUUUGCGCCAAACAUACCUUUUGGAAGUAUGGGGAAAAAAGUUCAACCUUGGAUUCAUCAGACCAUAAUAGAAUCUCCCAAAUGUGGGGAAAAGUGUUAUGGUGUGACAGAGAAGGUGGACGCAAUUAUGAACAGUUUGAAAUAGCAGACGGUGUUAGCACAGAACCUUCAGGGCUCUCCUAGAAAGCAAAACAAAAAAAUGUCAGGGGCCUACUAGAACAAUUCCAAUUUAUUUGGGUUGAAUCAGAGGCACUUUAUGGUGGCAGGUGUGUGCUGACUCCCAUUGAACAUGAGUUUGAGCCACAUCCCAGCUAUAAGAGGGUGUGCACACUUGUGCAACCACAUUAUUUCACUUAUUUUUACUUAGCAUCUUAAGAUUUAAAAAAACAAAACAAAACUUGAGUUCUACAGGUUAUAGGUCACAUCAAUGGUGGAAAUAGUUUUGAAAUAAUUCUUGUUCUCAUUUUUUAUACUGUAUGAAAAAAAUUCUGGCAUUUGAGUAGGAGUGUGUACAUGUUUUUGGGCCGCUGCAGUUUGUGAAACCAUACCUAAUAAAGUAUCCAGUGAGGGCAGUUUUGUUUACUAGGCUUUACCUUAUUUUAUGUGAGUUUGUUGGUGAGAGCACGUUUCAGGUUGUUGUUUUGUAUUUGCAAAUGUUAUUCAACAAGGUCUUACAGCAAUUUUUUAAUGUUUUUUGUGUGUAAACAUUUUAUUUUUCAAACAAGCUUAGCACUUUGGUAAGCUCCUGUUGUAUAGUCACAGUGUUUUAUUUUAUUUUUUGGUUGGUUUUUUCCCCCUCCAUGCAUCUUUUAAUAUACUGUAACCUUGAAUCACACUUGGGAGAAUACAGUAUGACAGCUUCUCAAUUGGAGGUUGUAUGUGGCAGCUGGGGCUUAUUUGUAUUGUUCACUGGUUGGUGUACGCUCUAAUGUCAGUGUACACGUCAUACAUUGAAAUAAAACACAUUACAUCAGGCAAA